AUGAGUGGCGGAUUGUAUAUCUUACCCGCAACUACUUUCGAGAGAAGAUAUCACUCUCCAAGUGCUUCUAGACACCGCCGUCGUCUUAAUACUAUUGUUGAAGACGAAGAAUCGACGCCAUAUCUAGUGAAUAUAUCGCACGUCGAUGACUUAAAUCCUAAAAAUGUGGACGCACCCUAUUCUCUACAUACCUCCUCCCUCAACCAAGAUAACGACUUCUUGUCUGAAACAAUCUCACCGUUUUUAGAAAGUCUGAAUGCUGCAAAUAUGGGCCUUCCAAAUCCAUCUGAGCCAUGGCUUGGGACAGGGUUGACAGUAGAUAAUUUCAAGUUUGAGGAUUUAUACGACGUAUCAUCAGACGAGGAGAUCCGAAGAAAGAGAAGACGACCUACACACAAAAAACAUACUCCAAACCCUCAAAAUCCCAGUCUUCCAUUGAUUAAUUCGGGCAGUCGGGCUACAAGGCCUAAACUACCAGCUCUCAUCACUUCAUCAGAUGAUGAUCACCAAAGACCAGAGUUUGCUGGAUAUAUGAAGAGAUCACCACAGGUACUUUCAAAACCCAAGUCCAUGAUUCAAAUGUCCCCCAAGUUCUUUUCCUAUCAACAGACAUACAAUGUGCCUUCCUGUUCAACACCGCCAUCUCUAGAUGGUAGUCAGGCCUCUGAGCAAUUGACUCGGUUCUCUACACCAACUACGCCCAAUUCUGAUAGUAGUCAAAGUGAUGGAGAAAAAUGGGAUCAUGGGGUACAGCUACACCCAGCAGCUUUGGCUACUUUGCAGAGCUUCUCCGCUACCGAUCAGGUGUACAAGAGGGCCCAAACACAGCAACUCAGUCCGAUACUGGAGGCUCCAAAAUCUCCAGAAAGCUCCCGACUAUCUACGUCAACCAUGAUGGCUGCUCUUCGAAGAGAUCAAAUUCUUCAGUCCUCAGAGCAGUGGGCCUCUCUAGACAUGUGUAUGCAACUUAAUACUCCAUCGUCUCCUGUUGAUUUUUGCUUGGAAUCACUUUCAAACAUCAAAUAUUCCUUACAAGCCGAAUCUCCAUCGUCAGCAAUAGCUGAACGCUUUUACAAAUCACCUUGGAUCUUGAAUACCGCAUAUAAUAUAAGUGGCACCCAAGAGAACUUUCCACACAUUGCAAAUGCUGAUAUAAACAAUCAUGAAGUAAAGAUAUCAGAACUUGGUCAAGUCAGGUUCGAUGAACUUCAGGACCUUAUUGCUCCAAAUAAUAAUAAUAAGCUUGAAAAAAUAAAUCAUACAGAUAUAUCCAUACUUGCCGAAAAAUCGGAUGAUGAUGUCGUCGCCGAAAUUGAUAGGACAAGUAUGUGGGUUGCAUCACAAUGCUCACUUAUUUCUAAUGAAUCCAGCCCAAUAAUUCAGGAAAAAGAAACAUUAGGUUCCACAUGUCUAACUGCGAGUACUGGACUCAAAGAAGAGGAACCGGAGGUAGAUUUUUUAAGCGGCUCACCAAUAACAAAAGCUAGUCGCUCUCUAGCAAAGACUGACCCGUUGGAAUCAGUAUACUAUAACACCUUUCGAAAUUUAUAUUCUCGCGCUAGUGAUAUGGAUAUUUUUGUCCAUCGUAAGCCGCGCUUUGAGGCGAUUCAGUCCCAACGCGUAUCAUUUCCUACCCGCCAUUGUGCUCAGGUCUUGGGAAAAUACGAAUUUAAUAUUGAAUCCAAGGGAACUAAAUACAGACUUUCAUCCAAUGUUGCACGGGGCGACGAGAUUUUCCAUGACGAGGAAGAAGACUGGAUAGCCCGCAAGAAGCAAAAAGUCUUCGAGCAGAUAUUGCCGGCAACAUGGAAUUUAAUGGCCAUCAAAUUUCUGAACGGUGGUCGCUUCCUCGCUGAACCAAUAUCACAGCAUCUUGCCUGUCGCUUAUCCAUGCGUCUCAAGUAUGAUGGUCUUUUUGACCGGGCUCACAUUCUUGACCUUGGUGGCCAGGCUAUUUGUGACUGGGCCUGGAUCUGUGCUGCCGAGUACUCAGAAGCGCGCGUCUAUACUAUUACGACUAAAACCCUGCACCACUUUGCCAACACACAUAUACGGGGCCCACCUAAUCAUCGCUAUUUUGCUGUUGAUCGGCUUGUCAGAUUACCUUUUCAAGAUAAUCACUUUGAUCUGAUCUCCGCACGCGAUAUUCAUACAAUCCUCAAAUUUCGUGCCAAAGGCGACGAGAACGAAUGGGAAGCAUGUCUCAAGGAGUGUAUGCGUGUGCUUAAGCCUGGCGGCUAUCUAGAAUUCAAUAUUAUGGACUCAAAUAUCGUCAACGGUGGUCCGCUUGGCUGUGCCAAGAGCCUCGAGUUUGGUCACAAUCUCGAGGUGUUCGGCUACGACCCUCAGCCGACAAAGAAGUGGCUACAACGCUUGGAGCACGCUGGAUUUAGCGAGAUUAAGCGCGGAUGGCUCUUUUUGCCCAUGGGCCCUCAAAGAGACAGCGCAGGCGUCUUUGGAAAAUCCAGCGAUGAAGUGACGCAUUCAGGGAGCACGCAGGAUAUCGCAAGUAUUUCAGGAUUAGUCGGGGCUUGGGCGUGGGAAAAGUGGUUACUCAGGUAUAAAUUGCAGACAAACUGCGUCGAUGGUAACUUUGCAGGUGUUCAGGAUAUAAUUCAGGAAGGGAGUAAAUGUGGGGCUGGAUGGUGGUGUAUUCAGGGCUGGGCUAGAAAACCGAUGGAUCGCGUCUAA